AUGGUUUCAACCCUGGUGCUGGUUGUAUUGUCCCUGUACAUCGCUGCCUGCUUGGGCAUCGAAAUAAUCACGAAGGAUUCGGACCUGACCUCUCGAGCCGAGACAGCAUCGAUUGUGAGCCAGCACUUUGGAAGCCUGUCCAGCACGCUGCUGACGCUGACUGCAUUCGUCACCGUGGAUUCCAUUUCGCCGAUCUACGGGCCCUUGAUCGCCAGCAAACCCGGACUCGCUGGGUACUUUUUCUUCAUCGUGCUGUUUGUCUCCAUUGCGCUGAUGAACCUUGUUACCGCUGUGCUGGUGGAAGGCGCCUUAGCCAAUGCGUCGGCGGACAAGGAAAUGGAGCGAAUGGACUUGAGGGAGAAGCUGCGCAGCGAAAUGCCCAGGCUCUCGCAGAUCUUCGAUGAGAUUGACAAGGAUUCCUCUGGAACUCUGACUAUGGACGAGAUGGCGAUGGUCCCCGUAGAUAUCAUUCCAGAGGAGCUGCGUUCGAAGAGCCGUGUUUCAUCCAUGCAGGAGGUCUUCGAGAUGCUCGACGUGGAUGGCGGCGGUGAGCUGACCCGCGAGGAGUUUGUCGACGGGCUCCUCAAUCUUUUCAUGCACGAUGACCCCGCCACCUCCGUCCAGACGCUUCGGUUGCUCCGCAAAGUGGACAUGAAGGUUAUGCAUCUCACGCACGAGAUUCAGGAAGUCGUCGGACGGGCACGGAACCCUUGA